CGGCAAAACAGCUGACUGGAUAAAGAACUUGAAUUUCACUAGUGUUUUUUGUUUUUCCCAAUUUUCUCGACUUUCUUGGUCAUGUCCACCUUCGGCGCCAAUCCCUUCUCCCACUUGGAGGAAUCCUUCACACAAGACGGCAAUGUCUACAAGUAUUUUGAUUUGCCAAAGAUUGACAACAAAUAUGAUGCACUGCCUUUCUCCAUACGAAUUCUACUGGAAUCUGCGGUGCGAAACUGUGACAACUUCCACGUGCUGGAGAGCGAUGUGAAGAGUAUUUUGAACUGGACGCCUGCUCUGAAGCAGGGAGACAGCGAUGUUGAGGUUUCCUUCAAGCCAGCACGUGUCAUACUCCAGGACUUCACCGGUGUGCCGGCGGUGGUGGACUUUGCAGCAAUGCGAGAUGCGGUGCUCGAUUUGGGCGGCAAUCCCGAGAAGAUCAACCCCAUCUGCCCCGCCGACUUGGUGGUCGAUCAUUCCGUUCAGGUUGACUUUGCUCGCACCACGGAUGCCCUGGCAAAGAAUCAAUCGCUGGAGUUUGAGCGCAACAAGGAGCGCUUCACAUUCCUCAAGUGGGGCGCCCAGGCGUUCAACAACAUGCUGAUUGUGCCCCCUGGUUCCGGCAUUGUGCACCAGGUGAACCUGGAGUACUUGGCACGCGUUGUCUUUGAGACGGAUGCCACUGACGGCACGAAGAUCCUCUAUCCCGACAGCGUCGUCAAUAUGUGUCCGGAAUAUGGAGCCACAGUCGGCUACUUCCCCAUCGACGAGAAUACGCUGAGUUACAUGCGACAGACGAAUCGCUCUGAGAAGAAAAUCCACAUUAUUCGCGAGUAUCUAAAGGCCACGCGACAGCUGCGGGAUUACGCUCUGCAAGAUCAGGAUCCCACAUACACAGAGUCUGUUACUUUGGAUCUUUCCACAGUGGUCACAUCGGUCUCGGGCCCCAAACGUCCGCACGAUCGCGUCUCUGUUUCGAGCAUGUUUGAGGAUUUCAAAGCGUGCCUGACCAGUCCAGUGGGCUUCAAGGGAUUUGCUGUACCGCCAGAUGCUUUGUCCGCCAGCGGAGAGUUCCAAUGGGAGGAUGGGAAAAGCUACAAGCUGCGCCAUGGCUCUGUGGUCAUUGCAGCCAUAACUUCCUGUACAAACACAUCGAAUCCAUCGGUAAUGCUGGGCGCCGGUCUGCUGGCCAAGAAUGCUGUGGAGAAGGGUCUCAGCAUUUUACCGUACAUCAAGACAUCGCUGUCGCCGGGCUCUGGUGUGGUUACCUACUACCUCAAAGAGUCGGGCGUCAUUCCGUACCUGGAGCAGCUGGGCUUCGACAUUGUGGGCUAUGGCUGCAUGACCUGCAUUGGCAACUCGGGACCGCUGGAGGAGAAUGUGGUCAACGCCAUCGAGAAGAACGGCCUGGUCUGCUGCGGUGUGUUGUCUGGCAAUCGAAACUUCGAGGGUCGCAUUCAUCCCAACACGCGGGCCAACUAUUUGGCCAGUCCUCUGCUGGUGAUUGCCUACGCCAUAGCUGGACGCGUGGACAUAGACUUUGAAACGCAGCCGCUGGGCGUGGAUGGCAUCGGGAAGAGUGUGUUCCUGCGUGACAUUUGGCCGACCCGUAGCCAGAUUCAGGAGGUGGAGCGCAAGCACGUCAUUCCAGCCAUGUUCCAGGAGGUCUACAGCAAAAUCAAACUUGGCUCUGAGGACUGGCAAACCCUUGAGGUUUCCGAUGGCAAGCUUUAUCCCUGGAGUGCGGCGUCCACCUACAUCAAACGUCCGCCCUUCUUUGAGGGCAUGACCCGGCAGCUGCCGAAGCUGGGCAGCAUUGAGGGUGCGCGCUGCCUGCUCUUCCUGGGCGACUCCGUGACCACUGAUCACAUCUCGCCAGCGGGCUCCAUUGCCAGAAACUCCCCAGCUGCACGCUAUUUGGCCGAGCGCCAUCUAACGCCGCGUGACUUCAACUCGUAUGGCUCGCGACGCGGCAACGAUGCGGUAAUGGCUCGCGGAACCUUUGCCAACAUACGCCUGGUCAACAAACUGGCCUCCAAGACCGGUCCGCGAACCGUGCACAUGCCCAGCCAGCAGGAUAUGGACAUUUUUGAUGCUGCCGAGCGAUAUCGGCAGGAGGGUACGCCCUUGCUGCUGAUUGUCGGCAAGGACUACGGCAGUGGCAGCUCCCGCGACUGGGCCGCCAAGGGUCCGUUUCUGCUGGGCAUCAAGGCUGUCAUUGCGGAGUCAUACGAGCGCAUACACCGUUCGAAUUUGGUCGGCAUGGGUGUCAUUCCCCUGCAGUUCCUGCCAGGACAAAGUGCCGAUUCAUUGCACCUCACCGGUCGGGAGAUGUUUAACAUUACCCUGCCCAAACGCGACGACUUGCGGCCGGGCCAGAGAAUUCAAGUCAACGCCGAUGGCAAUGUUUUCGAGACGACGCUACGCUUCGAUACUGAGGUGGACAUUACGUACUACAAGAAUGGCGGAAUUCUAAACUACAUGAUACGGAAGAUGCUUGACUAGACCUUGCUCAACAAGGGUGCCUUACGUUAUUCCAUUUGCAUUUGCAUUUGUAACAAAAUUAAUAAUUUUCUAAUCUUGUGACGAAUAAAAUUGGAAAAGAAAA